CCAAGCUCUGAACUCUCUCUCCCUCUCACUGUGUGAGGUUUUUGGAAAAAUGGGGAACAAGCCUCUGGUCGUGCCCUUCUCUGUGCUCUUUCUUAUUAUCAUCGCCGUCUCUCCUCUGCAUGUGGAAGGUGGCGGAGCGAGAGACCAUGGAGGCGGUGCUCGGGGCGUUCGUGAUCCCGACCAGGGAGGAGAGGGCGUCGGGAUGGUGGCGAGGAGGGAGGAGAGGAUGCCGAUCGCGGCGACGGAGUACGGAGAGAUCUCGGCGGUCCAGGUGUCCGACGGAGCCAGUGGGGUUUACCACCUGCAGUUCAUCACGCUCGAGCCCAACGCUCUGUUCCUUCCCGUGCUCCUCCACUCGGACAUGGUCCUCUACGUCCACACUGGAAGCGGAAGGCUGAACUGGGUUGAUGAGAAUGACGCGAAGAGGAUUGAUUUGAGGAGAGGGGACAUUUACGCGCUCCCGGCGGCCACCAUUUUCCAUGUCCAGAGCAGCUUAGAGCCGGAGCGCGAGAAGCUCCGGAUCCACGCCAUUUUCGCGAAUUCUGAAGAAGACAUGUUCUUCGAACCAUCGAUCGGGGCAUACUCUAGCAUUGGGGAUCUGCUUCGCGGGUUUGACAGCAAAGUCCUCCAAGAAGCUUUCAAGGUUCCUGAGGAAGUAGUCAAAGAAAUAAUAAGUGCAACAAGGCCGCCGCCUAUAGUCCAUGCCGGUGACGCCACUGUUUCAGAGAGGAGGACUAAGUACUGGGAAUGGGAAGCACGAUUCUUGAAGACCUACCUGAGCAGCACGGGCUACCUCACCCAGGGUCCCGGCAGCAACAAGAAGAGGAAGACGUUUAACCUAUUUGAUGCAGACCGCGAUUUCGAGAACUGUAACGGAUGGAGCCUGACAGUGACCAGGAAAGACCUGCACGUGUUGAAGCACUCGAAUGUCGGGGUUUUCAUGGUUAAUCUCACAAAGGGCUCGAUGAUGGGGCCGCAUUGGAACCCGAGAGCGACGGAAAUAGCCAUAGUUUUACAAGGGAAAGGGAUGAUCCGAGUGGUGUGCUCGAGCACUGCCAAGGAAUCGGAAUGCAAGAACACAAGGUUCAAGGUGAAUGAAGGGGACGUGUUCAUCGUGCCGAGGUUCCACCCUAUGGCUCAAAUGUCGUUCAACAAUGAGUCCAUAGUCUUCAUGGGCUUCAGCACUUCAACAAAGACAAACUACCCUCAGUUCCUGGCGGGGAAGAGCUCGAUCCUCCAAGCGUUGGACAGAGACAUCCUGGCGGCAGCGUUUAACGUCGCCGACGCCACGAUCGGGCGGAUCCUGGCAUGGCAGACGGAUUCCAUCAUAUUGGAUUGCACCUCAUGCGCCGAGGAGGAGGAGAGGAUAAUGGAGGAGGGGAUUGAGAAGGAAAGGAGACAGGAGGAAGAGGAGGCUAAAAGGAGAGAAGAGGAGGAGGAGGAAGAAAGAGCAAGAAAGAGAGAAGAGGAGGAGGAAGAGGAAAGGGAAAGAGAGAGACAGGAAGAAGAGGAAAGAGAGAGGCAGAGACAAGAAGAAGAAGAACGGGGGAGGGAAGGAGGAGGAGAGGAGCGAGAGCAAGAAGAGGAGAGAGAGAGAUGGGAGAGACAGAGACGAGAAGAAAGGCGGCGCCGGGAGGAGGCAGCGGAGAGAGAGCAAGAGGAGGCAAGAAAGCAAGAAGAGGAGAUGCAGAGGCGGCGAGAGGAAGAGUGGGGUGGAUACGAGGGAAGGAGAGCUGUCGAGCAAGUGUGGAUCAAGGCCUGAAACCUUGGAGAGAUUUCGCAUGGCAAGUCAGUAGAUGACACUGAAUAAGAACCGUGUUUCUCAGUCUGUUUGGUCUUUGUUAAUAAACCUUUUUUUGUUUCACCCUGCUUUAUGUAGAAUGUUUUGAGGCAGAUAAACCUUGGCACGGUUGAAUGUAAAUGUUGAGUACAUCGAAUAAAGAGCUUUCUC